UCCCCCUCGCUUUGGCUUUGUCAUCGCUGCGUUGCCGUGCCAACGCGGUGGCCCUGUCCCUGCUCACACACUGUCACCGCUGGCACAGGCAGCAGCGCCCGCAGCCCUGGCAGCACCGUGGGUCUGUCUGCCACAGCUGGCAGAGGGCUCCUCCCCAGAGGGGACAGAGCAGAGGGGACGCUGGACCUGGGGACUGGGAGCUGCUGGCUCUAGGUGCCAGGGAAGAGGAGAAGCGGCUGUGGCAGUGGUGGCUCUGAUCCAUUGAGGGAUAACCCAGCACAAAGCAUAGAUCAGAAGGACCGGACAGGAGUCCAGGAGCAGGCAGCAGGUGCGGGAGCAGGGGAUGGGUGUGCCGUGGCGGCUGGGAGCCACCUCCAGGUGUGGGUGACGCAGCCAGAGCAGGAAGCGUCCGGCUCCGUGGCAGGCUGCCAUGGACGGGGCCCCGCCGCCCUCCAACCCCAGUGGGCUCUCGGCGUACGUGGCCGUGUCGCAGCUGCUGGGCCUGACGCUCCUGGCCACCACGGGUGCCUGGCUGGGCCGCUACCGGGGCGGCGUGGCCUGGCACAGCCCGCUGCAGUUCAACGCCCACCCCCUGUGCAUGGUGCUGGGCAUGGUGUUCCUCCAAGGUGACGCUCUGCUGGUGUACCGGGUGUUCAGGCACGAAGCCAAGCGCUCCACCAAGGCACUGCACGCCUUGCUCCAUGGCCUGGCCCUGGUCAUCGCCCUGGUGGGCAUCAUCGCUGUCUUCGAGUCACACCGGGCUAAGGGCAUCCCUGACAUGUACAGCCUGCACUCCUGGUGUGGCAUGGCCACCUUCGUGCUCUACCUGCUGCAGUGGCUCCUGGGCUGUGGUUUCUUUCUGUUCCCCGGUGCCUCCUUCUCGCUGAGAGGGUGGUACAAGCCCCAGCACAUCUUCUUUGGCAUCACCCUCUUCAUCCUCUCCAUCACCUCCUGCUUGUUGGGCAUUACUGAGAUGCUCCUCUUCAACAUCAGUGAUUCCUACAGCCACUUUGUGCCUGAGGGCAUCCUGGCCAACACCCUGGGGGUGCUGCUGGUGGCCUUUGGGCUGGUGGUGGGCUACGUGCUGACCCGGGAGGAGUGGAAGCGCCCACCCCUGGCAGAGGAGAUGGCCCUGUCCAUGGACUUCAAGACCCUGACAGAGGGAGAGAGCCCUGGUGGUGGCAGCCAGUGACAUCUGCAGCUCCUGGUCUCCAGCACGGGCUCCUUGUGAUGUCUGAAAUGUUCCUGUGCACCUUGUCCCUGGUGGUUUGCAUCUCUGCCCAGCCCAGGGUGACAAGGACAGCUGGGGAAGGACACGCUUGGUGCAAUGCUGCCUGCUGGACUCAGCUUGGCUUGGCCUCAAUCAUCCUGAGCUCUGCCCUGUCCAGGCCCUGGUGACCCCUGAACCCAUCCCAGCCCUGUGGGAAUGGCAGUGCUGUGGGAAUGGGCAGGGCAGGGGCUGGCAGGGGCACGAAGGAGAGGAGUCCCUGGGUUCUUCCUCUUCCUGCUCUGGGGACAGAGUGGGAGCAGAGAUUUCUGCACUGUGGACCAAAGCCUCCAGGCUGUUCCCAGUGCUGAUGGGCAGAGGGGAUGUUUGCCACCACUGGGAUGUCCCACUCACUGGCAGCCCCUCACCCUCAGCAUGGCCAUGUGGGGGGGAUGCUCCCCUAAAGGGCUCCUGGGGGUUCGGAGUGACCCUGUGCCUGUGCAGGUUCAGCAGCUUCAUGUCUGAAGUGUUUUCUCCCCACGCGUGAUGUGUUUGCUCAGUGGAUGCUCCUGACCUAAUAAAUGUUUGCAGCUAA